AUGGCUCUGCAGUGGCUGGACAUGCUGGAGUUGGAGCAGCCCCCCCCCACCUUGUGGAAGAAGACCUGGCAAGCUUUGCGGGGGAGGGGGGCCGAGUGCGGCGUGGUCCAGGGCUCUAGCCGCCUGGAGCUGCCCCUGGACCUGGCAGCAUCUCUGGGCUUCUGGGCUCAACCUGCCCCACUGGAGGCCUCCUCCACUCCUCCUCACAGCUCCGUGGCCGUCACUCUUGAAGAGCCAGAUCUUUGGGCCAAGUUUCACCAUGCAGGGACAGAGAUGAUUAUUACCAAAACUGGGCGACGAAUGUUUCCACAAUUCAAGAUCAAAGUCACUGGCUUGAUCCCCUACGCCAAGUAUCUCAUGCUGGUAGAUUUCGUGCCAACGGACAACUUCAGGUACAAGUGGAACAAGGACCAGUGGGAGAUUGCAGGGAAAGCCAAGCCACAGCCCCCAUGCCGGACGUACAUCCACCCGGACUCUCCUGCCCUGGGCAGCCACUGGAUGAAGGAGCCGCUUUCCUUCCAGAAGAUCAAGCUGACCAACAACACCUUGGACCAGCAGGGGCAC